AUGUCGAACAACCUGAAUGACAUUAUGGAGGUUUUGGAGCACAACGCAGGGAGAUUGACCGAAAACGAUAGAAAUAUUCCGGAAGAGGAUGAAGCUGUGAUUCGAUCUUCGGCAUGGUCCCAGUAUCCUCCAGUAAUCCAGACAGAAGAUUCAGCGAUGAGACUUCAGAUGCAGAAUAAUCAAGUCCACAUUGAUUAUCCACUAAUUUCGGAAAAGCUGAACACAAAACUCUACGAAAUGCGUCGUCGAUCCGCGACUCAUUCAGAAGACGUCAGACGAUCGGUGACGUCUCCAGAAGUCAACAAUGCACCAGCAGACUAUCAUUACAGUUAUGAUCAGGACAUCUCCCUCGGAAUAAACCAGAUGUCUAUCAAUCAGCACCCAGUGACCCUACUGGAGGAUUCAGAUGAUUCCACAACACAUUCUUCUUCUUCUUCUUCGGACGACAGCGGAUCGGAAUACACACCUUCUCCAUACGCCAACAGCAGAACGCCCAGCGAAUUUCCAUGUCUUCCAACUGACAUCGAAACCCGGAGAUUGUCGAAAACUCAGAAAAGAAAUAUGUCGAAAAGGGAGUUGGAGGAAAGAAGAAAAGAGGCGAACAAGAAGAACAGUAAGAAUUAUAACAAGAAUAAGAAGCAAAAAGAAGCGGUGCUGCAAAAAGACUAUGAAAAGAAAAAAAAUGAAUUUGUACAACUGAAAAUGGAGGAAAAGAAGAUCAAGAACAUGAUCAAGGACUGCUACUUGUUCACCGGUACCGUUGUUGUCAUACCGGAGAAUGAAGGAGUUCCAACUAUAAUGGACCAAACAACUCUGUACAACAGAAUUCGGGAAAUCAAUUUGGAAAGUGACAGAAGAAAGCAUAAUUGUGAGAACUUGAAAAAGCUAGCGGAGACCUAUCAAGUCAAGGUGAACAUUCAUACUGUCGCAAAUAACGAUAUGAAACUCAAACGAAUAAAUAUAAAUACAUAUGGAUCUCGAAAGUCCAGAGCAUUGCAUUCCAUGAAUAUCGCCCACUGGGAGUUCAAACUUGCUGAACUCGAAUUUGAUAAGCAGAAACUGAUGUACAGAACUAAUCUGAUGAAAAUGGUCAAGAGACAGAUGGCUGGAAUCUUCAACUUCCGACACGCUGGACCAGAAUAUGUCAGUCUUUCUCAGGACCAGCAGAUUCUUUUCGAUGAGCUUUGUGAUUCUUUGAGAAAUUGUGUUGACCUUUCAAAAAAUCAUAUUCGGCGAUCUACAAAGAUUGUUUCUAGAAGAUUGAGAUCUUCAUCUGAAGUUAAGGACAUUCUAACUCAAAUUGAAUUUAUGAUUCGUAAUAGUUUGUUUAUAAUUUUUAAAUUCUGUGUCUUUUUGCUAAUAAUUUUCGUAUAUUUAAACUUGUUAAUUAGAAAAGCUGAUUAUGACUUAAUUAUAGUUUCAUUGGAUUCGAAAAAGGUUACAUCUCCUCAAUGCAUUCUAUUCCUUGAAUCCCUAUUUGUUCCUUAUCCAGCCCUUCUAAUUGACAACCACGUGUUACAAUCUCUUCAUAAUGAACAAUGUGAAAAACAUAAAAUGCUGAAAAUCAAGGUGGCGAUUGAUAGCAAGUACGUGAAGAAAAGAGAUAAUGAGUCACUUCUUUUUUUCGAAUUUGUUGAGAUGAACAAUCGAACAAACAAAGACUAUUUGCAGUUUUCAACGCAGCCGACGAGAGUGAUUCCCAAAAACUUUGAAACGUAUUCCAUUGGAAACCUGAGUAUCCCUACAAACAUCCCAAUGUUCCUUGAAAUGUGGAAACGAGCAAAAUGUUUAGGGUUGCCAGUUCAUAGGAAUAGAACAAAGACUCAACAACCCAACCACGGAAAAGCAGCGGCAGGGAAAUUGGCAGAGUUUAGGGAUGUUUUGUUGAAAUUUAAUAUUUUUUCAUUUUUGAAUGGAGGUACUUUAUUAGGUUGGUACAGAGAAUGUGGAAUCAUUCCUCACACUGAGGACAUGGAUAUCGCUGUUUUUUCCAAAGAUUUUCGUCCGGAAUUGGUAGAUUUUUUGCAGUCAAUAUCGUCUCCAUUUCGAUUACUGAGGAGGAUCGGAAGGAUAAACGACUCGUUUGAAUUAACAAUCUCAUCAAAAGAUAGCUAUCCGAUGAAUAUGGACCUAUUUGUGAUGUAUGAGGAAAUAAACAAAGAUGGAAAUGUUACGAAUUGGGUUGGAGGAGCAAGCUACACCCAAAAAUUCAAAUACACAUAUCCAGAAUAUGAUCCUUGGUGUACUGCCGAUCUGUACGGAUAUCUUUUUUGGGUGACAUGCUCUCCCCAAAAAAUGCUCAUUUUUGAAUACGGUAAUUUAUGGUACGAGGAUGUUCCGAGUUCCGAUUACAAUUGGAAGUCGUCGGCAAACAAUGUACAAAAGAAUGGAUUUUGGAAAGAGGAAGAGUUGAAACAAGUUUAUGUGAUGUAUUGA